ACCUUGCAGUAUCAAAACUAUAUUUCGUACGAAAGAUUAUUGAUGUCAUGUAGUUAAUUUUUUUGGAUAUGCAAUAAAAGGAAACAAUCAGUUGAAUUUAGUUCUAUUUAAAAAGGUGAAACUUCCAUUUAUUUCAUUACAUCUGUUAAAUAGGACUAAUCUUCAAUGUUUUCUUUCCAACCUCAUAAUCAGGUGUUAUAUCACCUGGCACAAUUAACUUCAGUAGUUAGUCCAAAAUCUACAUCAUUUUCAGUUAAAGUUAAAAAACAAAAUGAAUUUAAAAAAUCUAUGGAUGAUAUUUCCUUUAGUAAUUUUUCAGAAGCUACUAAGAAUUAUAUUGAUAAGUUAAUAGACAAAUUAAAAAUAUGUGAUGUAAUUGCAAUGUUUGAUAUAAAAACAAAUAAUAUUUUGGUAGUAUUAGAUAAAUUUUCCACAAAAAUUUGUAAGAAAAAUUUAGAAAAAAAUAAUAAGUGGAAAAUAUCAGAUAUAUCAGAAUUGAAUUUCAAAGAAAACAGAAAAAAAUAUCAUAAUUCUUAUUAUCAAUGUACGAAAGAGAUUAUUUUACCUACCUUACCUAGAAAAUCAUCUAAUUAUCAUAUACAAAUUCGUAAUUUUAGAACAAAACGUAAUGUAAAUGUUGAAUUAGAAAAAAAGGCAUCAUUUGUAAAUAAAUUUAAAAACUUGUUUGGUCAUUUUUCUGGAACAAAUAUAGGAUAUAGAGCAAAUAUUUUGAAAGAAAAAGACUUGACAGCAAUUAAAAAUUUAUUCAAUAAUCAAACAUCAGUAGAAGAAUAUAGAAAAAUUAUAUUAGCUUUCAUUGAAGGAUAUGAAGCAGGACUAGCACGUCAAACAUAUCCUUAUUUUGGAUGGUUUAAAGUAAUGUGUACUUUAAUAACAGGAACUAUAUUUGUAAUGUUUUGGUAUGGAGUUUAUUUAGUAGGAAGUGGAUUACGAUUUUCAAUGGAUGGUAUUAAAUUUAGACCAGAAACAACAGAUAUAACUUUCAAUGAUGUUAAAGGAGUUGCAGAAGCUAAACAAGAAUUAAGUGAUAUUGUCGAAUUUUUAAAAAAUCCAGAAAAAUUUUCUGCACUUGGUGCAAAGCUACCUAAAGGUGUAUUAUUAGUAGGACCACCAGGAACAGGAAAGACAUUGUUAGCUAGAGCAGUAGCUGGUGAAGCUGGUGUACCAUUUUUUCAUGCAGCUGGACCAGAAUUUGAAGAAAUUUUAGUAGGACAAGGUGCACGCAGAAUGAGAGAUUUAUUUAAAGCAGCAAAAGAAAAAGCACCUGCUGUAAUUUUUAUAGAUGAAAUUGAUUCUGUUGGUGCAAAACGAACAAAUUCAGCUCUCCAUCCAUAUGCAAAUCAAACAGUAAAUCAAUUACUUACAGAAAUGGACGGAUUUCUUCAAAAUGAAGGAGUUAUAGUAUUAGGAGCAACAAAUAGACGUGAUGAUUUAGAUAAAGCAUUAAUGCGUCCUGGUCGUUUUGAUGUUGAAGUUGUAGUUGAUAUACCAGAUUAUUCUAGCCGAAAAGAAAUUUUUGAUUUAUAUUUAUCAAAAAUAUUAACACGAGAUGUUGAUACAAGUUAUUUAGCAAAAUGCACUGUUGGAUUUACUGGAGCUGAUAUAGAAAAUAUGGUAAAUCAAGCAGCUUUAAGAGCUGCCAUAAAUGAUGCUGAAUACGUUUCAAUGAAACAUUUAGAAUAUGCUAGAGAUAAAUUAAUUAUGGGUCCAGAAAGAAAAUUAAAAAUUAAUGAUACCGAAACUAAUAGUAUUACAGCAUAUCAUGAAGCAGGACAUGCAUUAGUUGCAUAUUAUACUAAAGAUGCACCUGCAUUGCAUAAAAUUACUAUUAUGCCUCAUGGACAUUCUUUAGGACACACUGCAUUUUUGUCUAACAAAGAUCAAAUUCAUAUAACAAAAUCAAAAUUAUUGGCUCAAAUGGAUAGUGCAAUGGGUGGUCGUGCUGCAGAAGAAUUAAUUUUUGGUCCUGAUAAAAUAACAGCAGGAGCACAAAGUGAUUUUAAGGCUGCAACUUCUAUCGCAGAAGAAAUGGUAAAUUUAUAUGGCAUGUCUGAAAAAGUUGGUUUUGGAGUUCGCAUGGGAAAUCGAACAGAUGGAUAUCCAUCAGGUCCGAACGCAAAUGAUCUUAGUGAUAAUGAAGUGAAACGUCUUUUACAAGAAUCAUAUGAACGAGCAAAAAUGAUAUUACAAAAACAUGCAAAAGAACUAAAAAAAGUAGCAGAUGCUUUGCUUAAAUAUGAAACAUUGAGCUCUAAGGAUGUAGAAGCUGUAAUUAAUGGAGAAAAAAUUUCAACUGAAACUUUAAAGAAUCAAUCACGAAUUAUAGAUCCAUCUGAACAUGUAUUAUAAUUACCGUACUAAGAUUCAAUUUAAAAUAAUAAGCAAAAUAAAUUAUUUGGUGCAGUAUC